CCACACCCACGGACACUGACAGGAAGUGGAAUGCGGAACCGUAACUGAAGGACCGGGAGAACAAACAACACAUCUGGAGCUCUCAGGUCGCUUCUGCUGACACAAUCAGAGUGUUCAUUUGGCCGCAGGACUGCUGGGUAAUGGCUGCCCCCGGAGUCUUCCUCUCCCUGGCUCUCUGUGCCCUGCUGGCUCAUCAAAUCCAGGCCAAAAACGAGGCUCCCUGCCAGGCCUCCAAAUGGAACAACGGCUUCAGGACCUUCCUCAAACGUCACAUCCGCUCCGGCACGCCCGGCUCCCUGGACCAAAACCAGUGGGAGGCCUACAUCAGGAACAACGGCGGCUGUGACAGACCCACGCAGUCCUUCAUCCACCCGGACGAGCUGGACCGGGUGAAGGCCGUGUGCUCCAGCCAGGGAGGGAAGGUGUUCAAGGAGAACCUGUGCAUCAGCCGGCAGCCUUUCUCCUUCGUCACGGUGAGGAGCGAACCGGGAACCUGCGGCAUCCGGAGCAUCCGAGAGGAGACCAAACACCUCAUCCUGGCCUGCGAGGUGUUGGAGAACCAGUGCCUGCCUGUGCAUUUUGAGGGAAACCCUCAGAAUCUGAAGCCCAGCAACAACGCCAGAGGAUGCCAGGACCCACAGACCACAGGGCGAGCCAGCAGCUUGAAGAUGACCUGGCUCUGGCUGCUGUGUGUCCUACCUAUCGCUAUUUAUGGAUACUAACCUUCUGGGGUUGUUUAAUGUCUAAUUAACGGCAUAUCAGGGAUGCAUUUCAAAAGAAUUUUAAUGUUUUAAAAGUGCACUUUUGUCCGAAAAGUUUCACCACAUCACAUCUACAAAGAAAAAGCACUUGAAGGAAAAAACAACAGGGAAUUUAUUAUUAUUAUAUGAUUCAAGCUGUUUUCAUGUGCCAUUUAAUCAUCAAUUCAUCCACUUUUUAUCUAGUAGAUCAUCUUUUUUCAAAGUGCAUCAGUUUCUCCACUGAAUACAUUUUAAAGGGAAUCUCCAGCUGGAAAUCUUGUUCAGGAACUUUUACCGCCUCGCUCGCUUUUUUCCCUUCAUGCUUGUGUCCAUAAUUUUUUUCUCAGAUAUAUUACGCUGAAGGUAUUUGAAAAAGUCAUAUCAAAAAAUCAGUACUGGGUCACAGACACUGGUGUAUCGAUUAGCACCAUCACCUCUCGUGUUCUGUGCUGGAAAUUUCGUCAUGUUUUUAUUGUGCAGAGGUUUUGCCAAAUUAUUCAGUUUCAGUUUUUUGCAAUAGUUAAAAAAUAUUUCAGCUGAAUUAGUGACUGUCAGACGUAUCCUCGGUGCGAAUGUGAGCACUGUGAUGGAGGCGAUCAGCUGAAACAGGUCACCAGCUCAACUGCCUCGACUCUCAGCUGCAUGAAGUGGUGUCGAAAAUUAAUGAAUGGAAAAUAGGAGUGUUCGUAUAUUUACAGAGUUGUGCCAUUUUUGUACAGGCCAGAACAAAUUAAUUGAUAAGUGUUAAUUUGUGUACACGACCUGUUUUUGCUUUUCAGUAUUCUGAAGAGUUGAGCUCUGUUUUUAGGGCAGAAUUUCCUCCUUAUUAUCUAACCUGUGGAUCGUAUAAUUCACAGUUUGCACAAAAACAGAAUUGGAAAGUGGACAACAACAAAAAUCUUCCAGUGUGAACAGUCUGCUUCAAUGGCUAAAGGGUUAAUAAAAGAAAACAGAAAUAAACCGAGACCAUUUCUGGUUGUAGACAUCUGGUUAAACCUGGUUCUGAAUUCAUUUCCUGUAAGUACGCCUUUAUACACAGAAACCUGAAAGGUUUUUGUUUUAUAUUUCAGGAUUGUACUUCUUGAAAUGUUCCUUUUAUAUGCAUGAAAUGGUUUGUUUUGUAAUGUUUGAUUAUGGACUGCUCAAAUACAGGAUGAUGCUGAAUAUAUUUGAUAUUUUGAAUAUUUGACCUCUCAAUAAAUUUAUAUCAAAGGGU